AUGGAACAAGAGUAUAUCGUUCGUGUUCCUCGAGGAGAAACGGCCAAGCAGUUCAACGUGCUGCACUUUAAUGCUGCACUGAAUCUUGAUAUUUCAACUCUGAAAAACUGCAAAAUGGAACGCGAACAAACGCUCAAGGAAAUAAGGGCAGAGAAUGAUGAGGAACGACCUGAAUUUGGAGCUGGCUCAGAGUUUGGCAGAAAAGAACGGGAAGAAGCGAGACGGAAAAAGUACAAAGGAAUUCGUGAAGGCGGCGUUACUGAAAACACAUCAUACUACGUCUUUUUCCAAGCUCCUGAUGGCGCUUUUGAGGCAUUUCCCGUCAAUGAGUGGUACAAGUUUACGCCUUUCCAGAGAUACAAAGCCCUCACUGCGGAAGAGGCAGAAGAAAAGUUUAUCAAACGAGAUCAGAUUUUGAACUACUUUCAACUAAAGCACAUGGGCAAAAAGGAAGGUGACGGGUCGAUUGAUGAUUCAAAAGUCAAGACAGAGUUUUCAGUCAAAAAGGAAUUUAAAGUGACCGACAUGGACGAAUGGGACCGAGAUUCGGAAAAUGACAGCUUGAGCGAAAACAGUGACAAUGAGGAUGAAAAGCCGAAAAAGGGUAAGGCAAAGAAGGAAAAGAAAGACAAACGAAAGAAGGAAGACUCGGAAGACGACGAUGAAGAGCCUGGCGAAGACAGCGAUGAGGGUGAUAAUGAUGACAAAGAGGUGGACUACAUGUCUGAUUCGUCCAGUAGCUCAGAGUCGGACACUGAAAAGGGCGACAUAAAGGCUGUCAUUGAUGAGUCCGCCUUGCGAGACUUGGUGGUGUCAGAGGAGGAAGAUGAGGAGGAGAACAAGGAGGAGAACAAGGAUCAGUCUGAGGAGAAAAAUGACUCGGCUUCAGGCUCUGACUUUGAUUCAGACAAUCCUGAUAGCCUAGAUGUGUCCAAGUCGGCACUUUUUAUUCAAAAAGGAAAGACUGUAAAGACUACUGCUGAAUCGAACUCGGCCAUUGACUCUAAAUCUUCUGCCACCACAAGUAAAGAGGGCAAGGGCAGUUCAAGUGGUCUUAAGUUUAAGCACAAACUGGAGAAUCCGGCAAUCGUUCAUCACCAUGGCAAUAAAAAGCAAAAAGUCGAGCUUACCAAGAAUGAGCUCAUAGACAGUAUCAUUGGAGACGUUCGACGAUACCUUCUUCGCAAACCGUACACUGCUGUUGAGCUGUUGAAAAUGUGCAAAAAUAUAAUGCCCCAGGGUCAUCGGGACAAGCGAGCGGAGAUAAUGGCCGAAAUUCUCAAGAAGCUAGACCCUGAAAAGCGAAAAGAUCACAACGGAAAAAUGACUUUUUUUUUGAAGCCCACAUGA